UUCUAGACGCUAACGUUAACAACAUAUCCGGGUAAACUAACCUGGUUGAACAAACCGGUGCGGUGCUGUUGUCCCUGGGGGAAAAUAACAUAUAUUUUCAAGUUUUAAUUUUGAAGCACAUCGUUUCAUACACAAGGCUGGGGGUCUACACAAAUCCGAGGACAUGGAGACUGCUGUGAUCAAUCUUCACAGCAUUUUUGAAAGCAUGCGGGCACAAGUUGAUGUUCUCAAUGAAAGCAUUGAGCCCCAGUUCAUUCAGAUGGCUUUGAAUUUUGAGGACAGCCGUCGUAAAUGGCUGAGACUCGAGCAGGAGCUGAAUGCUUGUAAGGAGGUGCUCACCAAGGCUGAGACAGAGCGAGGAGCUCUAGAGGUCAAGCUCAAACAUGCCCGCAACCAAGUAGAUGUGGAGAUCCGUAGGAGACAGAAAGCUGAGGCUGACUGUGCAAAACUGGACCGUCAGAUCCAGCUCAUCCGGGAACUGUUGGUGACUGAAGGCUCCAGUAACAGCAUCCAGUUAAAUGAGGAGCAGCGCUCAGCUCUGGCCUUUCUGAAUGUCCGUGUCCAGAAUCCUGCAAACCUCAACACUAGCCGACGACUGACCACCAUUGAUGAAUCUGCCUCUAUCUUGUCAGACAUCAGUUAUGAUAAAACUGAUGAUUCUUUGGACUGGGACUCUUCUGCAAUCAGGGCUGUUCGUCUCAAGAAACGGCAAAAGAGACGCUCCUCCCGAAACCAUACAGACGGCCCCCCAGCUGCUGCCAAGAGGUCCCGCUCCACCGGCCGUACCUCUGAGAGAGGUAAUGAGUCUCUGGUGGCUAAGACCACCGUGACGGUGCCCGCUGAUGGCGGACCCAUUGAAGCUGUCGCCACAGUGGAGACUGUUCCUUACUGGACCCGGAGCCGCCGAAAAACUACUGCUGUGGAGUGGGACACUGCUGACACCGACUCUGUUCAGUCUAUGGAUGUGUUCAAGCAGCCCGGUCAGCCCAAUGGAGAGAUCAAGACAGAGCCCAGCACUCCCCAGGGCAAUGGAGGUGUCCGCCUGCAUGAGUUCGUCACUAAAACGGUGAUCAAGCCAGAGUCUUGUGUGCCAUGUGGUAAGAGGAUCAAAUUUGGGAAGAUCUCCCUGAAGUGCAGGGACUGCCGUGUGGUGUCCCACCCCGAGUGCCGUGAGCGCUGCCUUCUGCCCUGCAUUCCAACCAUGACUGGGACUCCAGUCAAAUUUGAGGAGGGCAUCCUAGCAAAUUAUGUGUCCACCUCCUCUCCCAUGAUUCCUUCACUAGUGGUGCGCUGCGUUAAUGAGAUUGAGCAGAGAGGCCUGCAUGAGACUGGUCUGUACCGAGUGUCUGGCUCUGAUCGAGUGGUCAAGGACCUGAAAGAGAAGUUUCUGCGUGGGAAGACCAUUCCCUUGCUCAGCAAGGUGGAAGAUAUCCAUGCCAUCACUGGUCUCCUUAAGGACUUCCUGAGGAACCUCAAAGAACCCCUGCUGACCUUCCGCCUCAACCGUGCCUUCAUGGAUGCUGCUGAGCUGUCCGAUGAUGACAACAGCACCGCCUUGAUGUAUCAGAACAUCAGUGAUCUUCCACAGCCCAGCAGAGACACUCUGGCCUUCCUCAUCAUCCAUUUGCAGAGGGUGGCCCAGAGCAAAGAUACAAAGAUGGACAUAACCAAUCUGGCUCGGGUAUUUGGGCCCACACUUGUGGGUCAUGCCGUGCCUGACCCAGAUCCAAUGACCAUCCUGCAGGACACAAAACGGCAGCCGAAAGUGAUUGAGCGUCUCUUGGGUCUGCCUGUGGAGUUCUGGAGUCAGUUUAUUAUCAGCAACAACAACCCGGGUCACAGUGAUCACAUGAUCAUCGAGAACGCCAAUGUCCAUGCAACUCCUGAUCACAAAUCAAGUAUGUUUGGGCCCCUUACGACUCCUGACCAGCAGAUGAGCAAGACCCCAUCAUCCAGCUCUCUCUCCCAGCGCAUGAAGAAUGCAACUCUCAAUGCAAUCACUCCAAAGUUUUCUAGCAGGAGCAGAGCUGCAGUCAGCGUCCCUCGCCAGGGGCACUUCUUCGCCUCUCCUCUCCUGAAGUAGCCCUUAAGCUCCUCAAGGCUGAGUUUUUCUUUUCUUUGGGAAACAGCUGCAAUAUACUACAUUAUCCUACUCUCAUAUUAUGUCUGGUUUGUCCAUCAGUUUGAACCAUAUUAGCUCUACUCUUUUUAUCUGUCGAGAUCACUAGUAACAUUUGUAUUUUAGUCUCUUUUAAAUGUUUUAAUGUACUGCUAAGAUUCUCACAACCAAAGCGAUGGGCUGAUAUAAGCACUUCCAUCAGUCACUGAAUCCUCUAUUAGAAACAGAAUAUGCAUCAGGUUGGGAGUUCUUUAUCAAGAAACAUGAACUUGUUUGUAGCAUCUAGAACAAAAAAGGUUAUGCUGUAUGCAAGAUUUGUAUGUAGUAUAAUCUGUAUAUUGUGUUUUACAUGGAACAACAAGCAAAAUCUCAAUUUCUUAAGAGGGUUCGAGGCUGUAGUGACUAUAAGGUUUUUCUAUGUAGAGUGUAAACUGUGUGAUUUUAAACAUGGACAAGCUUAGAUUUUACAGCCAGUAGGUUUAAUACAGAAUUUAAGAUGAUGAUGCUGCUGAUGUUAAAUUUGUUCAAAUUAUCCAUUUGUUGUUUUGAGAGAUGCUGUGCUAAGAUUUGUGCAUAGAGAAGUAUAUGACAAGAAAAUUGAGAUUCAGUUUGUAAGCAAAAACAAUAUUGGUUGUUUUGAUUGGGCAUUUUGUCUUUCACCUUCAUAAUUGCUUUUGAUCAUAAA